ACGUCUCCAUCUCUCUACACCUGCUCUCUCACUGGCACCAUGAUAAACACCUACCAUACCAGCCUGCCGAUGCCACCGCCGCCACCUCCACCAGUCCCUCCUCGCUUCCACAGCAGGCCUGAGCCGCGGCACAACUCAAGCCUGAUCUGGUUCUUGGCUGUGGUGCUGGUGAUGCACAUGUUUCUCACGUUUGGGGGAUUCAUCUACCUUUUUCACAAGGGCAACCAGCAAGAAUUGAAUGAAAACAAUGAUGACUUCCACAUCCUAAAGAGACUUCAGCAAUGUAAAGAUACAAACUUGGAUGGCCAGUCAUUGCCCGACUGCAAACAGGUUCUAGACAAAUUCAACAACAUUGUGGCAAAGGCAAGUCAAUGUUUAACCAUGGAUAUGUUAACCACUUUAAACUCCCUUGUACUUGAGGUAAAUCAAACAGAAGUUGCCAUGUUGACUGGGGACCACUACGAUGGAGCUCUAGCGCACAUGUCAGUCAGGAGAACUCCAAGCACAGGAAAAGGCAAUGCGGUCCGUGCCCUGGAAUGGAACUCUGACCAUUCUAGUCAAGUGAAUGUGGACACAGAGGGUGAUAGCAGACUCCGCAUCAGUCGCGCCGGCUACUACUACAUCUACUCACAGGUCACCUUCUCCAUCAAGAACGGCACAGCGCCAUUGGAAAACACCAUCCGACAUGUCAAGUUGAAGAAGCCGGACAAUACGUGGAGCAAACCCCAGGAGAUAGACGAGGUCUUACUCAAGUCUUACUGUCCACCCACAAAGUUACCGCUGUGCACUGCCUCACAAGGAGGGGUGUUCAAGCUGGACAAAGAUGACCGGUUGUAUGUGCAGGUGACGAACCUGAGCUGGGUGAACUAUGACUGGAGUGCCACCUUCUUUGGAUUAUACAAACUUUAAGAACUGGAGCUUCCUGUGCUGGACCCAAGGAGACAAGGAGGACAAUAAAAAAAAGCCAAGAAGUUUAAGGAUACGGGACUUCACUAUUCACCUGCACCACCUUACUUCUUCUACUGGAAUACUUCCUAAAAUGAAUGGCAACAGAACAAUGAAAAACUGCACUACAAUUUGAGUAAAAGUCCUUUGAGAAGAAAAAACUGAGAAUGUAUUUAAUCUUUGGAAGAUUUGAAUAGACACUCUUCUGUCUCCAGAGUAUUAUGUCAGUAAAUGGUAUUUAUGGUAGCAUCAUUUGAUAAAACAACUUGCUGGGAUUGGUAAUGAAGGUUAUGAAGGACAUAUUUUCGGCUCUUUGAUGAGUUCACAUGAAACCAUGUUUCCAAAUGACAUUGAUUGGUUCAUGAAAGUGUAACCAAGCUGACAUAUAUGUAAUAGUAAUCUGCUAGAAUAAUAUUGUAGCUAAUUUUCAUAUGGUGACCCUGCAUCGGUCUCCUAACAACAGAAUAUACGGUAUUUAGAUAACUGACCUUGUGUUUGCAGUGGCAAUGUUUUAAGUAACUUAUUUCUCUUUUCGGAGAGUUUGAAAAAGAUUGUAUUUAUUUGGGGACUGGGGUGAAUACUUAGGACUC